AUGAGUAAGCUUGCUGGUGAUACAAUUCGUGAAGCUGUUACAACUAUCAAAACUGGUGUGAAUGAGAAGCCCCGCAAGUUCGUUCAGACCAUUGAGCUACAGAUUGGAUUGAAAAACUAUGACCCCCAGAAGGACAAGAGGUUCAGCGGCUCUGUUAAGUUGCCUCACAUACCCCGUCCCAAAAUGAAGGUCUGCAUGCUUGGAGAUGCUCAACACGUGGAGGAGGCAACGUCCAUAGGCUUGCAAUGGAUGGAUGUUGAAGCAUUGAAGAAGCUGAACAAGAACAAGAAAUUGGUCAAGAAGCUUUCCAAGCAGUACCAUGCCUUUUUGGCAUCAGAGUCUGUCAUCAAGCAGAUUCCUCGUCUUUUAGGCCCUGGUCUCAACAAGGCAGGAAAGUUUCCUACCCUUGUGACUCACCAAGAGUCACUGGAGUCUAAAGUUAAUGAGAUCAAGGCAACAGUGAAGUUCCAAUUGAAGAAAGUCCUUUGCAUGGGUGUUGCCGUUGGUAACUGCGACAUGGAGGAUAAGCAGAUCUUCCAGAAUGUUCAAAUGUCUGUGAACUUCCUUGUCUCGUUAUUGAAGAAAAACUGGCAAAAUGUCAAGUCCCUGCACCUAAAGACUACCAUGGGUGCACCAGUCCGCCUCUACUAA